GCCAGGCAGGGAGUAAUUAAUUAGGAAUUAAAAAGAAGGAGGCGCAAGUUAGUAAAUGAGUAACGUAAGCACAGAUGCUGGUGAGUUGUAAACUUUGUCUUCCCACCUGGUUUCUUUCUACUUCUCAGAAGGUUCAAGAAACACAUUUAGCAUUGCAAUUUUGCAAAGCGAAGCGAAAGCAUUCAAACUUCUCUGAAUCGUCAAACAAACAAACAAGCACAGCAGUUCAAGAAAUCAGAACCGUAGACAAUAGAGAGAAUAAGGAGCGAGAUUCGAGUCUCUUUCUCUCUCGAUCGACUUCAUCGUUGGGUUGGCGGUGCGUGCCUUUAUUUCUUUUAUUGUUUGGCAUUCAGAGGAAAAAAAAAAAAAGGAACGAAUGGCGGAUUGGUACUUGUGGGCAUGGAUCUUGUGCUCCACGAUGACGCUUGUUGUUCUCCGUGGUUCCGUUUUGAAGAGACGGAAGGGGAACGGAAUCUCCGCGACGAGGGGUGAGUCCGUGAGGAGAGUCCUCGCCGGUAACGGAGAAUGCAGAUCCGCUGACGGCAGCGACGCUGAUGUCAUUGUUGUUGGAGCUGGCGUUGCUGGCUCCGCCCUCGCUCACACUCUCGGCAAGGAUGGACGUCGAGUGCAUGUCAUUGAAAGAGACUUGACAGAGCCUGACCGUAUUGUUGGGGAAUUGCUACAACCUGGCGGCUAUCUCAAGCUAAUUGAAUUAGGACUUGAAGAUUGUGUAGAGGAAAUUGAAGCUCAGAAGGUAUUUGGUUAUGCUCUUUUCAAGGAUGGGAAACAUACCCGACUUUCUUACCCCUUAGAAAAUUUCCACUCAGAUGUAUCUGGUAGGAGCUUUCACAAUGGACGUUUCAUACAAAGGAUGCGGGAGAAAGCAGCUUCUCUUCCCAAGUUUGACUUUUCCUUCUUUAGAUAUUAUGUACGUUUAGAGCAAGGGACGGUUACUUCUUUACUUGAAGAAAAAGGGACAAUCAGAGGAGUGCAGUACAAAACUAAAGAUGGUCGAGAAUUGACAGCCUUUGCACCUCUGACCAUUGUUUGUGAUGGUUGUUUUUCAAACUUGCGUCGCUCCCUUUGCAACCCAAAGGUAGAUGUACCCUCUUGUUUUGUUGGAUUGGUCCUCGAAAAUUGCCAUCUUCCAUACUCAAAUCAUGGGCAUGUUAUACUAGCAGAUCCAUCCCCCAUUUUGUUCUAUCCCAUUAGCAGCACUGAGGUUCGCUGUCUGGUUGAUAUACCUGGUCAGAAGGUUCCUUCUAUUGCAAACGGGGAGAUGACAAACUAUCUGAAGACCAUUGUGGCUCAUCAGGUUCCCCCAGAAAUCUAUGAUUCAUUUGUAGCAGCCGUUGAUAAGGGAAAUAUUAGAACAAUGCCAAACAGGAGCAUGCCGGCUUCUCCUUAUCCCACUCCUGGAGCUCUAUUAAUGGGAGAUGCAUUCAACAUGCGCCAUCCAUUAACUGGUGGAGGAAUGACUGUGGCUUUAUCUGACAUUGUUGUCCUCCGUGAUCUGCUAAGGCCUCUGCGUGACCUCAAUGAUGGACCUAACCUUUGCAAAUAUCUUGAAUCAUUUUACACCUUGCGCAAGCCUGUGGCAUCCACCAUCAAUACAUUGGCUGGCGCCCUGUACAAGGUGUUCAGUGCUUCACCUGAUCAAGCAAGGAAGGAAAUGCGCCAAGCUUGCUUCGAUUAUCUAAGCCUUGGUGGUGUAUUCUCAACAGGACCAAUCUCCUUGCUCUCUGGUUUGAAUCCUCGCCCUUAGAGUUUGGUGAUGCAUUUCUUUGCGGUGGCAAUAUAUGGUAUUGGUCGCUUACUGGUUCCAUUCCCUUCACCCAAAAGAAUCUGGAUUGGAGCUACAUUGAUCACGGGGGCAUCAGGAAUCAUCUUCCCUAUUAUCAAGUCAGAAGGAGUUAGGCAAAUGUUUUUCCCAGCGACUGUUCCCACAUAUUACAGAGCUCCCCCUCUUAAGUGAGAAACCCAUACUUUCUAAUAUUAUUAGUGUUCCCCCUUUUCUAGAGUGUGGGAAAGGUAAUUGCUCAACUAACAACCUCUUUCUUUAACCUGUCUAUAAGUUUUCACAUUUCCCUCUCUCUCUCGAAAAAAAAAAAAAAAAAAAAAAGAAAAAGAAAAAAAAAGAUAAAAGUACAUAAAGUUUUACAAAAUGGUGGGAUGUAUCUUGGAUAAAGAAACUAUGCUUUGUUUGUUAUUAAGAUUCAAGUUAAAUGUCAUGCAGGAAUGUGUCCUUUAGGUAUAAAUUUUCCCAAAGCUUUAGCAUAUAUUCUCUUGGUGCGUGGUGCGGUGCCAGCAAGUUUUUCGCUAGCUGCUGAUCCGUGACAUUAAUAAUGGUCCCAUAAUAGACAUAUAGAAUAAUCCAGUGCAGCGGAAUCGGUCGAGAUUUGUUCUCUUCCACUUAACAAUUAUACAACCCGUGCAAACAUUUGGCAGUAUUUGGAUGGCUAAUUGCUUCGAUUGAUCA